AUGGCCAAAAGGAACCUGAGUGUGAACUACUGCAGGAACCCCUCGGGACACGCCAGCCCUUGGUGCUACACCAGUGACCCGAGCGUGCGCUGGGAGUACUGCAGGCUGAACACGUGCCCCGCGACCACUGCCCAAGUCCCAAGCGUCCAGGAGACUUCUACCAAAGUGCCACCCGGAGAGAGUGACGCUGCCGACUGCUACUGGGGCAAUGGCCAGAGCUACCGCGGCACAGCGGCCACCACGAGCUCGGGAAGGACCUGCCAGCCCUGGUCCUCCCAGACUCCCCAUCGGCACUGUUGGACCCCGCAAGCCUAUCCCCACGCGAACUUGAGCAUGAACUACUGUAGGAAUCCUUCAGGAGACCCCAGUCCUUGGUGUUUCACCAGUGACCCGGAAGUCCCUUGGGAGUACUGCAGGCUGAGCACAUGCCCCGAGACAGAGGAUGAUGGCUCGGAUUCUAGGUCUGGGCCCCAAGUUCCGAGUGCCCCGUAUCCCUGUGAACCAGAUGAUCCAGAGCGAACAAGUAGAAGCAAUGAAACUUGAGCUGACAUACUGAACAGACCAGAGCCAAGAGACUGCACACCAUGAGAAACAGCUACUCAGAGGAGAGCAUUUCAUCAAAAGAAAUUCAAAACACCAAUUAUCUGAAGAAAAGCUUCAUCAUACUUAUUCUAGGCCAUGUUCCUUUGCCUUUAAGCUAAUCCUUACACCCAAAUUUAAUUCCUUUGUUCUGAAUCCUAUUUCCCAAAGCUAUAUAAUCUCAUUUCUUUCUUAACAGUGAGGCAGAUAGGAGUUCAUUUCCCAUCUCCUUGCCUAGCAGUUCACAAUAAAGCUUCUUUCCUUUCUCUACCCUUGAGGUCAUGGUAA